CCGAGCCUCCCGCUGGCUGUGGUGGAGAGGGACGAUCGCGGAGGGAGCCGGUGCUGUGGAGAUGGAGGUCUUCGGGCUGCAUCCAACUCGCGGUGUUCUGCCCCUAAAAUGCUUGAAUGGGUUGGAAAGCUUUUUUUUUUUUUUUUGAAAUUGUUUUUGCAGAUAAACAACGAAACGCCAUUAGGCAGAGAACCACUCCUUGCUUGGGGACACGGGAAAAGAAGUGGAGAAGGUCUGGGGUCCUGCACUGCUCGAGUUCAGGGGACGAUGGGUUGGAAGUUGGAGAGAGAAGAGCAGGCAGGUCCUUAACGAGCCCUCAUUUUCUGCGCCUGUUGCAAAGUCCUCCCUUCUCAGCACCCGAUGGGAUAAAUUUAGUUUUAUUGUGUUACUUGCUCGUUUGUAUUCCAAGGGAGGUGGCUUUGGGUGUUGGUUCAGAUAAUAUUUUGGAUGAACGGCAGGGGUAUGUAGCCCAUGCCGCCAGUAUUUUUUUUAUAUUGCAGGGGCAAAAUACCACUCCUUUUCUAAAUUUUAAAAUAUUUCUCCAAUCUGUUGGAAUCUAGUGAUCUGAAAUUACUUGCUGCAUUGUUAGAAAAGCUUCUGUUGAGGACUUUGUGAGGCUUUGCUGGAAAGUUUAAUGAGAUCUUAGGAUGCUGACUUUAGUUAAAGGGGAACAAUAAAGAAAAGAGAACACAAAAAAAAGGGAGGGUGAAGGGCAAGCAGAUAAACAAAAGUGCCAGGAAAGAGGAGAAAAUAAGAGAAUUGCCAGCCUUUUAAUUUGGUUUGUACAUGUAUUAAUACUCCACCAAAAAAGUUAUUUUAACAGUCUGCAUUCUCACAGUGCUUAAUUGGCACCCUGCCUGAAGUGAACCAGAAAAUUGCUUUCUUGGUACUGUGGUAUCUUUCCAGUUCUCAUUCCAACCCGGUGACUAUAGACAAGAAAAAUCUCUGGUGCUGCAGUAUCUUCUGGUAGUCCAGUUAAGCAAUAUCUGGUUCUUGCAGGGCGCAUGCUAUAAAAACAGUGCCCUUCUAACCCUGUGCACUAGAGUCUGUGCACUGGAAAUUAGUGAUUUUUUUAAUAAGGGAUUAUGGGGAGGCGGGACUGACACCCUUAAAAGUAGAACAAAAACUUGCAGUUCUGAUCAAGGGCUUUGUGAAGUAGUUGUGGCUCCUAUCAGCAUUUAACAUCCAUAUGUGUGUGCUCAUAUAUUUGAUAAGAAAGAUGAAAAGAAGGGUCAGCAGUGCAAUGAGGGCAAGAACCUUGGAAGAAAAGCUGGAAGAAUGUAGAAUUACAAUUUUGAACUGGAAAAAACCCUGUAGGUAACGUAGGCACUUAUAAGAGUCAAAGACUGUACAGGAUAGUGAGGAACUGAGUUCUUAACACUCACUUUUUUUUUUUUUUUUAAGUUGUUAAAUGCACUGAAAAAUUUUGAGUUUCCAGACAAAUACUCAGACCUGAAGAGCUCCAGAUGAGUGAAGCAUCUCCCUGAGAUGCUCAAGGACAAAGAAAGGCCCAUAUGUUUCAUUUAUAAAUACUUCAGGGGUUUGUUAUUGGGUGGGGGGGGGGAAAUGAGUGUUAAGAAGCUCUGGUCAGGACGUGCCCUGCCAGUAACACAGGGGUAGUAAUGUUCACCUUCUUAGAAGAAACCUGCAUGUUUCAGCACAGUUGUGACCCUUGUGUUCUCCUUGCACUAAGCAGGAUGAGUAUUGUAGUAAUACAUUACAAUUAUUGUAAAACUAAAGUGUCUUAUUUAUCCAGGGUCUCACAGUAAUUCUCUUGACAGAGAGAAUCUCUGACAGCCUCUUCCUCCGAGGCAGAGACUCGGAAAAAGCCACGCAGCCCAUCCCCACCACCUUGGUGUAUGAGCCAACCCGAGAGGUAGAAGAACAGCUGUGUCACUGCUUUGCAAAACAUUAUGCUUUCCUCCUGCUUGACUGUCGCAGAUUCCACCACCAGGAGGCCCUCAUUAAAGUGCUUAUAGCUAGGCAAAGAAAACACCAGGACGGUGAAAUGAGAUGGAGAAACCCAUCCCCACAGGAGUAAUGUGAAACUAAUACUUAUUCUACAAAUAGAGGUUUUUGGAGUGCUGUGCAGGCAUCUAUAAAUUAAUUAUUGCAGGAAUCCUAAUAUCCAACCAUCAGUUGUACUGUAACUUUUGAGGAUACUGGGUGUCACGGGUGGUAUCCCUGCAUUGAAUCACCAAGCGAUAGCCAGGAAAGUUCAUGCCUUUGUCUUCUGGAUAGUAAAGCUCUUAAUAACAUGAACAUCAACUGUGCUUUGUCCAUACAAACAAGUGAACUGCGUCAUGAGAUGCUGAGAAGUUCAGUGUGUAUAGCACACUAUGAAGAUGGGUGAAAAGUGCUAAGUAUUGUGUUCUCUUCCAUGUUCCUUCACCGUUCUUUCUCUCCACUUUGCCACGCUACCAACCCCAAGAAGCUACACUAACAGGGACUAUUCCCAGCUGGAACCAGAAAAACUCAAGAUGAACAACCCGCUAUCACCAGAGGGAGGGGAAAGUCAUAAGAACACUGAUAUUCCUUCAACAUGACAAGCAGUCUGGAGAAGACUGGAACUGGGACAUGGACAAGCUUCUAGCAAGUACCAACCUCAUCAGACAAGCAAAGUCUUCCAAGUCCCAACAGAAGCAGCAGGCAAAGCCAAGAGUGGAAAACUGGCCAAAAGAAGAGCACGUUCAGUUCUGCAGCAUGGCUGGUUUAAAAGAAAAGCUCCUACCAACCCAGAGGCUGAGCUAGAAAGCCUAAACUUUUCCAAACUCAUAAGCUGCUGCCAGGCAAACUCCACCUCCUGUAUUUGCAUUCAGUCCCAGAGAAGUCCCUCUGUCUACAGGAACAGUGAGAGUCCACCACAUGGCAAAACUGAUCUGACACCUUGCUGAGGCAGGCUUUCUCUGUCUCUCUUCCCCAUCCCCCAGCCGUCUGAUCCCAUCUUUUCUUUUUUUACUGUUCAGAUGAGCACCAGAGUGAACACAAAUAGGAGAAAUGCAAAGCCAUUUAGAUAAGGGAGAGCAUAAUGCCCUGCUCAAAUCGAAGCUUGAGCUAACUCUGAGAGCUGCACCAGGAGACCUUAGUUAGGGGGAGCGUGCAAGCCUGGCUGUGCUCUGCAGUCUGUUCAGGCCUAGCCCUAGGGCCUGACCGGCUGCAUUAUGUACUUCAUUCCCUUGGGUGAUGGCUUUCCAUUUCAUCUGCUGUGAGCGGAGGAACAUUUAAUCAAUUCUUUUGGUUUACUUAGUGAAAUGAAAAUAUUUCCCCCGUGGACUUUAACCAGGCCUGCGACUGGGCUUUAAUUCAAAUGCAAGCUUGUCAGUGGCAUUGUCACUGACUUUGAAGAGUGGUAACAGUUUCAGAGCAAAUAAAUUUUACUAUAGCUUGCUUCAUCCUACUUCAAUCUGACCUUGGAGGUCAAUUCAAGUGAACAAAGAUAUAUGUAACUGCAAUUACUGCUCCCACUUAGCAACAUAUGUGGGCAGUCUUAUUUCAUAAUUAGUCUGUUAUUCCUGUUUAUCAUAAAGUUGCUUAAGCUAAAGUAGAACAAGGUGCACUCAUUCCAGAACAAAAAUCCAUGUAUGUGGAGUUAGUCAAGAGCAGUUAUUUUGGAAUUUGCAAAAGCUAUUUAGAAAGCUUUCCCAGUUUAAAAAAGACUGGUAUCUCCCAAAGUAUGCAUUUCACAGUUCAGAGUAAUAUAUUUCCCCAAAUGCAUUUCAUUUCUUGCAAUAGAGAUUUUUGUGCCAAGAUUGAUAAAUUGCAGGUCACAACACCAGCAUCCCAAGCAGGAAGAAUUACUUGGUUAAAAAUGAAAAAGCUGCUUUAAAAUAGAUUUUUUUUUUUAAAUCUUUAUUAGCAUAGGUUAGAAAUCUGCUCAGUGAUAGUUUUUUUUUUUUUUUUUUUUUUUUUUUUAAAGGACUGAAUUUUAGCUACAACCAGGAUAAGCACUUAAUCUAUGUCUGUCAGUUUUGCUCCUGGUCUGCUUGUUAGCUCAGGCAAUCCUUGAGUUUCUACUAAUUUAUCAGCUACCAGUGCAAUUAAGAAGUGGGUAUGUCAGCCCAAAAAUGCUGCAUUCAAAAGCUUGUUUAUGGACAAAGAGGAAGUGUACCUUGUGUAUAAUUAAAGUCAAGGAUUUAUUGCUAGUAUAAUUGAAAUCUUGAGAGUUUAAUGAUUAUUGACCCAGAUAUAACUUGCAGAAAGAGAAAGGAUAAUAAUGCAGUUAGAGUACUUCCAUAAAAUGGUAACACAUAAACACAUAAUCUUCUUGGCUUCUACCCCUUUUCCUUGUAUUUCACUCACCCUUCCACUGCUUCUGUGGGUCGUAAGGUUGGUGGUUUCAUUCUGGUGCGUGUGGGGGGGGUGAUAUGGAGAGUUGUCAGCAUCUGGAGUCCUUUGCUGGGAGAAUAUUAUCUUCAUGUUGAUUGUUUCUCCUUCCUUGCUCUAAGAUCCACUUGGUGUCAUUUUUAUAUGUUUGCUAGCAUGCAUUUACACCUUUCUUCAUUGGUCUGCAGUGCCAUGCUACAUCUGAUUUUAUGUCACAUCCAACCUGUUGUGGUCGUGACUUGACCUGGUACCUCUUUAAUACCAAUGGGCACAGCCCUCUAUCUCAUCAUUUCCUCCAGCGCUGCAAUGCUGAACCGUGGUCUGGACAGAACAUCUUGAUACACAGAAGGGAGAUCUCUAAUCCUAUAACAUAUCUGUAAUGAUUAACUCAAGGUAAAUUAGAGGUAGCAAAAUCUGUGUCUUUUUAAUGCAGGAUCACUCUCAACAGUGUAGUAUUGAGUAUUUUGUCAAGGAUUUGCCUAGGGAUCUGAAGACUGGGACAGAGCCAUCACUCAGUCUCACAGUACCAUCUCAAUUCCUUCCAGUAAUUCCAUUUUAACAAUGGAGCCCUCUUGUUGGUCCAGUCUGAACGAUGAAGCUUAGCUGGUCUGAUAUUUUGCCAGUCCUAUCCUGAGACCCAUUGUAUGCAUACAGCUUUUGCAGUUCAUCUUAGUUCUGACCAAAGAGAAGGAAAACAUAGGCAAGGUUGUUUCCUUUAUGUAAAAUUUAAAGCCUAUGCCAACAUAUGCAGAGUUUCAGGCAUAUUCACAAGAUGGACACGACAUUCAAAGAAGUGUACCAGAGGCACUGCAGAUAAAUGAGGGAUUUGGACCAGAAGCGGCAGAAAGAUAAGCAAGAAUUCCUUAAGUACAAAAAAUUUGUGUGGAUUCAUCCUACUGUGUUCUGAUAACCUGAAUUCAGUUCUGCUAUUCUUCUCGUUUGCUAGAGGUAUAACCCACUAGUUAAUGGAUUUUCAGAAGAGCUUUCGGGCAUGGAGAAAGAGGAGCAAGCUGUGAUGUGUGGAGUUAAUUAGUACAAAUUCCAUGGGGCACAUUAAAGAAGCAUGGCCUUUCCCCGAGACUGACUGAGGUGGAAUUUGUUUGCCUGGUGCUUCCUCGCAGAAAGGUUUUUUGGCAGAUUUUGUUUUGGAAGCAGUGAUGGUUAAUUCUGAUGUGACUAAGGGAGUAGCUAAAGUGAGCUAUCAAUACAAGGCUAUCGUGUUUUGUGGAUUUGGGUAAUUUGGGGGAUAUAAUAGCUCACGUAACUUCCAAAGUGAUGCUGGACUUUUACUCUAUAUUCCUUUGCUGUAGGAGACAUAAAGUUUUUACCUUGUUAAUACUUGGAUUGCCUUUGAAAUAUUCAGUGUUCUUUCUUUCUCUCGCUCCCCCUCUCUACCCCCCAAUAUGUAUUUUCAACUUUAUAGGGGGAAAAAAACCCAACCAAACAAUUGCUGCUAGGGAAGAGAGAGCUGAAGAAUAUGAAGAAAUUGCUGCAUCUUUGCCCAGAAGCAUUCUGCAAUUCUGGGAAGAUUUCAGUAGUGAUCAAUACUUUACUGCCUGCUCUUUCAUGAUGAAGGCCAUGGAGGAUCAAGUAGUCCAAGAAGAACCAGGAUACCAGGAUGAUGAGGAAUCCUUUUUUCAGGAUAUUGACCUGCUGCAGAAGCAUGGAAUUAACGUAGCAGAUAUUAAAAAACUGAAGUCAGUUGGGAUCUGCACAAUCAAAGGAAUCCAGAUGACCACAAGACGGGCACUGUGCAAUGUAAAAGGGCUUUCAGAGGCCAAAGUGGACAAGAUUAAAGAAGCCGCAAACAAGCUUAUUGAACCAGGCUUCCUGACCGCCUUUGAGUACAGUGAAAAACGGAAGAUGGUAUUUCAUAUUACUACUGGCAGCCAGGAAUUUGAUAAACUUCUGGGUGGUGGGAUUGAAAGCAUGGCAAUCACUGAGGCCUUUGGAGAGUUCCGGACAGGCAAAACCCAGCUAUCUCACACCCUUUGUGUGACAGCUCAGCUUCCAGGACCGAAUGGCUACACAGGUGGAAAGAUUAUCUUCAUUGACACUGAAAACACUUUCCGACCAGACCGUCUUCGUGACAUUGCUGAUCGCUUCAAUGUUGACCACGAUGCAGUACUUGACAACGUGCUGUACGCACGUGCAUAUACUAGUGAACAUCAGAUGGAAUUGCUUGACUAUGUAGCAGCCAAAUUCCAUGAAGAAGCUGGUAUCUUCAAGUUAUUGAUCAUUGACUCCAUAAUGGCACUUUUCCGUGUGGAUUUCAGUGGUCGUGGAGAGUUGGCUGAACGACAACAGAAACUCGCUCAGAUGCUGUCUAGGCUCCAAAAAAUAUCGGAAGAAUAUAAUGUGGCUGUGUUUGUGACCAACCAGAUGACUGCUGAUCCAGGAGCAACUAUGACCUUUCAGGCGGACCCAAAAAAGCCCAUUGGGGGCCACAUCCUUGCUCAUGCUUCAACUACCAGGAUUAGUUUGAGGAAAGGGAGAGGGGAACUGCGUAUUGCAAAGAUAUACGACAGCCCUGAGAUGCCUGAAAACGAAGCCACAUUUGCAAUAACUGCUGGAGGGAUUGGGGAUGCCAAAGAAUAGGCAGAAACCGAUGUAAAUGUACAGCUGAAAACCACCUGGGCAGCUGGGAUGAAGAUUUGUGCAAGGUCACUGACUGCCUGGCUGCAUUUUUAUCUUUUGGGAACCAUUUGAGAUAUUUUGGGAGAACAUUGGGAUGAACUCUGUACAGUUCAGUUUUAUUGAUCUGAAUAGAAUUUGGUUCGUUUAGGGUCUUCAUUUUUCAAAUGGACUUUCAGCAGACAAAGAUUUAAGAAAUAAGCUUGUGAAUUGUUCAAAGAUUCCUUUUCCUAUAUUUUGUGAAAAUCAAAGCUGUCCUUUCACAUGAGAUUAAUAGUCUUUUUUAGUUUCUUUCAAAGAGAGUGUCUAUGUGGUAGAAUUUAACUGCGAAAGGGAACAGAACUGGAAUAAACUCAGUUAUAAAAUUGACAUAAAUAGAUGGAAAAGGCAGUGGCAGGACCAACAGCCCAAGAGCUUGAUGGACUGUCAUGUACUGUAGAGGAAGAAGUUACUUUAAAAAUACAUUUUUAGGCAUUUUUAUCUUGACUAGAUAACUUUUGUAUUUUUAUUUAGCAUUUUCUGCUUUUUGGGGAGAAGGUUUUAAAACUGUUCUUAUUAAAGUUAAAAAUAAAGAUUAUGAAUUAGAACAGCACUCUGCUUAUAUUUGGGUGCUUUGAAUCAAACCCUGCUCUCAAUAAUCUCACUGAUCUUUCAUGAGAGAAAUAACCCAGAUGCAACCCAACAUUUUAAAACCUUUCGUCUAGUUCUCUAAAGAAACAAACUUUAUAUAAUUGUCUUGUCAGUCUCCUAAUAUAAGUAAGAAAAUUAAAGAUUAUUAUUAAAUAAUAUUCAAUAUUAUCAAAAAGCAGAAGAAAACAAAACCAGUGGCUAGAUAGGGCAGAGAGGCUGGCACUGGUACUUACGCCGAGGGAAAAGCAGUUGCGACUCGGCUUGCUGAGGGAGCGUGCUGUCUGGCCAGCCAGCACAGGCGUAGCUCCGAACUAGCCAGAGAUGUUUGUCACGGGGGGAGCAAAAGAAGAAGCUGGGAGUAAAGAGAGAAAUGGGCGGAUCGGGGGACAAAAUACCAAUUCAGUUUGUGUUACCUCCAAGGCUCGUGGAAUUGCUUGUUUUAAAAUAAACCCAACAAUUUAUAUCUUAGACGCUUCAAGGGAAGGCCUUACUUUGUCCUCUCGUAUAAAAAUGCUAAU